CUUGUCAAGUACGGCGAAAUGUGACACAAUAGUUGACGAAACAAAGAAGUAAAAAGACAAACGGAGUGGUUAAGAAGAGCAGUCGGGUUUCACGAAGAAGAGAAAAUGAAAAAAAGAGCAUGGCUAUUUGCAAGCCCAAGAUAGGCAAAGUGCACGCCCAAAAAUAGGCUAAGUGCAAGACCACUAGUGUUUGGAAAUAGACGAGGGCCCAAAAGAAAAUUCAGUUAAUAAAACCCAAUCUCUUUCUUCCUCAAUCCUCAUCCCCUCCAACUCUCUGUUUCUCCCCGCCAUUCGCCGGUGAGUGAAUACCGCCUUAUUUCCACCGCCGCCGCGUCUCCGCCUCUCUCUCUCUCCCCCUCGUUUUCUCUGAUGACGACGCCCCACAUUUAGUAAACUAUGUCCUCGAUUUCUCCACUCGUGGUACAGCCGACACACUUCGCCGCAAAACCCGAGAAAACCCUAACCCAGAAGCCCGAAAAACUUGCAUUGCUCAUAGAUAAAAGCAAAUCCAUCAAGCAGCUCAGCCAAAUCCACGCAUUCAUCAUCCGCCAUGAUUUGGAAACUCAUCCAGUCUUGAAUUUCAAGCUCCAGCGGUCGUAUUCUUCUCUCGGAGAUGUUCGAUGCUCCGUUGCGCUCUUUAACCGUACUCAGAAUCCCGAUGUUUACUUCUACACCGCCGUAAUCCGUGGCCACGCCAUAAACGGUCUCCACGAACAAGCUCUCGGUUUUUAUGUGCAGAUGAUCACGGAAGGAGUGGAGCCGAACGCGUUUACUCUUUCCACCGUCCUCAAAGCGUGUUCGUCGGGAUUCGGAAAAGCCCUCCAUUCCCACGCUCAUAAAUUCGGGUUCGAGUCGGAUACGUACGUCAGAACGGCUCUCGUCGAUCUUUACGGAAGAGGCGGCGACGUCGUGUCUGCACGUAAGCUGUUCGACACAAUGCCUGAGAGAAAUCUUGUUUCUUUUACAGCAAUGAUCACUGGGUAUGCAAAGAAUGGGGAAAUCGACGAGGCGAGAGUGUUGUUCGACGGAAUGGAGGAGAGGGAUGUUGUGAGCUGGAAUGUGAUGAUCGAUGGCUAUGCUCAACACGGAAGGCCAAACGAGGCCUUGAUUCUGUUCCGACAAAUGCUGGAGGCUAGGUUGAAGCCUAACGAAGCAACCAUGCUGGCAGUUCUUUCAGCAUGUGGUCAGGUGGGAGCGCUCGAAUCAGGCCAGUGGAUCCAUUCUUACCUCAAGUAUAGCUCCGCUUCGAUAAAUACUCACGUGGGGACCGCUCUGAUUGAUAUGUACUGCAGAUGUGGGAGUUUAGAGGAUGCUAGGUUAGCGUUUGAUGCAAUCAAAAACAAGGACGCUGUUGUUUACAACGCAAUGAUCAACGGAUAUGCGAUUCAUGGAUUUAGUGGAGACGCUCUGAAUCUGUUCGACGAAAUGUCUCAGUCGGGACUUCGCCCUACAGACAUCACCUUCAUUGGCAUUCUAAGCGCCUGCGCUCACGCUGGGCUGGUCUCCGAAGGCUGGGCCAUAUUCAAUUCGAUGGAGGGUAAAUACGGAAUUUCGCCAAAAAUCGAGCAUUACGGAUGCAUGGUGAAUCUUCUCGGCCGAGCCGGAAAAUUAAACGAAGCCUACGAGCUUGUCAAGAGCACACCCAUCGAAGCCGACCAUGUUUUAUGGGGAACAUUACUUGGAGCAUGCGGGCUCCACAAGAAUAUUCCUCUAGGAGAGAGAAUUGUCCAGUACCUUCUAGAACGUGGGCUCGCAAAUUCCGGAACUUACGUUCUUCUCUCGAAUAUAUACGCCACGGUUGGAGAUUGGGAGGGGGUUUCACGAACGAGAGCUAUGAUGAAGCAAAGUGGGGUCCACAAGGAGCCGGGGUGCAGCUCGGUUGAAGUGAAUAACGAAGUGCACGAAUUUCUCGCUGGAGAUGUGAAACAUCCGAAGAGGAGAGAGAUUUACGCAAUGCUGGAGCAGGUGAACCAGUGGGUGAAGGAACACGGGCACACCUCAAAAACGGAGGGGGUACUUCACGAUAUUGAGGAGAGUGAUAAGGAGAGAUCGCUCGAGGUUCAUAGCGAAAAGCUUGCGCUUGCGUUUGGGCUUAUUAGUACGAAACGAGGGUCCACGAUAAAGAUUGUGAAGAACCUCCGUGUUUGUCCGGAUUGUCAUGCGGUGAUUAAGCUCGUGUCGAAAAUUACGGGGAGAAAGAUAGUUAUGAGGGAUAGGAACAGGUUUCAUCACUGUGUGGAUGGUUUGUGCUCUUGUGGUGAUUACUGGUGAUAAAUCGGCUCUUGUUGCUAAGAAGCCGCGCUGUAAGUUUUUUUUUCUUUUUUUUUUUCGUUUUUUUUCUUUAUUUGUUUACAGCGUGAGCGUCGUCAUUCACUUGAGUAAGGAUUCUACUUUCCGCUCAAGAUCGAAACAUACUGAUGUAAGGUACCAUUCGAUUCGAGAUGCGCUUAACGAACUUUGAUAUAAUUCACACACGAUUAAAAUGUUGAAGAUAUGUUUACCAAGUCUUUACCGAGAGAAUAAGUUCGAAAAUUCUAGAAGCAAAACGGGAUUGGUU